ACCCCGUACGAUAAAGCCUUCUCGCAUUCGGGUGCGGUCCAGUGUAGUUCCUGCUGUACAGGAUAAAUAUUUCUCGACGAAAAUAUUUAUAAAAGGAUUUCGAAAUUAAAAAUGAGUGAAUUAAAAACUGGAGCUCCAAAUGAUGGAGAAAAUAAUGAUAACAAGGAUAAUAAUCUUGAAACUCAAGGCGAGGAUAAUGAAGCAAAGAACGAUGAAGCUAACAAACCAGCAACAGAUGAAGACCCAGCUUUGGCAAGACUCCAAAAACUUUGGCUUGAACACAUCCCAUGCAUAAUAGUAAACAAACCGGACGGUACUGAAUAUAGUAUCAAAUAUAAAUCGCAGAAACGUUUCCAAACAAGGAGAAUAAGAUUGUCUCACUUGCCUCCACGCAUUCCUAAUGCUAUAAGAAUUCUGAUCACAACAGUCAAACCGAAGAAAGUGCAGAAGAAAAAAACCUGCCUUCCUUACAAGAAAUUCAAAAAGAUGUAAAUCUUUUUAUUCGUAUUCCGGCUGUAUUGUCGAAAUCUUGUAUUUUAUUCCUUUAUUAGUG